ACUCUCUUAUAUCUGGAAAAGGGAUUUAGUAUCGAUGAGUGGUUGGACCCGCAAUUUGCGAUGUCUUCUUCGCGGAUUUUGUUUUGCUGUCAUCGUCCACGUUUAUUUUAUCAUGCUCCAUUUUGUAUCAAAUAUUUUUCUCACACAAUGACAUUUAACAGAUAUCUUGCAACACAAAAACAAAUUAUCAUGAAUGUCUUUGAUCGUCAAACAAAACGUCUUCAACGUGAAAGGACAGCGUUUGAACCAAACCAAGAAAAAUAUGAAUAUGUUAAAGAUGUUGUUGGCUUUCGUCUUGCUGACCGAAUCUGUGACGUGAAGAGAAAGUUUGAUACUGCAUUGGAUCUGGGCUGCGGUUAUGGCCAUGUCUCCAAGUGUAUUUACAAAGAUAUGGUAGGAACUUUAUAUCAAUGUGAUAUGUCUCAAGGUGUUUUGCGCAAAAGUGCCGUGUCUUCUGAAGUACCGACUUAUAAAGUUUUGGUCGAUGAAGAAUUUUUACCUUUCCGUGCAAAUAGUUUGGACCUGUGUGUUAGCAGUUUAUCUCUUCACUGGGUGAAUGAUCUCCCGGGAACUUUCCGACAGAUAAAUGAAUGUUUGAAAAAGGACGGUUGUUUUAUUGGAUGUAUAUUUGGCUCGGACACCUUGUAUGAACUUCGGGUGUCAUUACAGUUGGCCGAAACAGAGCGAGAAGGCGGCUUUGCCCCUCAUAUAUCUCCCUACACUGAUGUCAGGGAACUGGGGGGUUUACUCACUCAGGCAAAUUUCUCCUUAUUAACGAUAGAUUUCGACGAAAUCGUCAUUAAUUACCCUUCCAUUUACGAAUUGCUGUUUGAUUUACAAGGGAUGGGAGAAAGUAAUUGUGCAUGGUCACGCAAGAAUUUCUUACAUCGGGAUUCAAUGCUCGCCGCUGCUUCCAUUUAUAAAGAAAUGUAUGGCACUGAGAACAGUAUACCAGCUACAUUUCAAAUUCUUAAUUUUAUAGGCUGGAAACCAGACCCUUCACAACCUAAACCUGCCGCAAGAGGUUCAGCGACAGUUUCUCUGAAAGACUUAAGUAAACUUGAUCAAUUAACGAAAGAGAAGUAAUUUAAACUGUAGACAAAUUUAUAUCCUUCGAGAGAAUUUUUUUGUUUUAUUUAUUUAUAUUGGAAUGCAAAGUUGAGAUAAAACAUUUUUUCACAGCA